AUGUGGAGGGCAGCAGUAGCCACACAUCCACAACAAUGGGAAGCUGAGAUGAGGAAUAUUAAAGCCAUCAAUGAUGAGGCUUUCAAAUACUUGCUUUCAAUUCCACCUAGAUAUUGGUCACGAUCUAGAUUCACCCCUAGAUCACAAUGUGACACGCUUGUCAACAACAUGUCUAAAGCCUUUAAUAGUGUGCUAGUAGAUAGUAGGUCUAAGCCUAUUAUUAGCAUGUUAGAAGACAUUAGGGUAUACAUUAUGAAGAGAUGGGCUGCCAACAAGACAAAGAUGAUACAGUAUCAAGCUUCAAUCUGCCCUAAAGUUUGGAGUAGAUUUCAAAAGGAGUCUUCCUUAGUAAGAUAUUGGUUACCAAGGUGGUCAAGAGAGAAAUUAUUUGAGGUCAUGCAUAUUUCACAAUUUGGCAACCAAUUCGUUGUGAAUGUGGACACCAUGGACUGCACAUGUAGAAAGUGGGCAAUUACUGGCAUUCCUUGUGUGCAUGCCAUAACAUCAAUGAAGUUUCUAAACAUCAAUGCUGAAGAUUACAUAACCCACUGGUAUAGAAAGUCCACUUAUGAAGAGACUUACAACAGCAUAAUUUACCCUAUCAAUGGUCAAGAUAUCUGGGAGGUAACACCCUAUUCAGAUAUAUUACCUCCAAAGAAGAAGAAAAUGUCAGGAAGGCCCAAAAAGAAACGAAGAUUGGAGGAGUGGGAAUUGAAGAAGAACGAUAGUGAGUUAAGAAAGGGUGGUCAGAGAAAAAAAUGUGGUAUAUGUAAGGAGCNUGGUCACAACAAGAAAGGCUGUCCACAAAGACCUACUGCCCAAUCUCCUUCUGAACAAACACAAGGCACCCAAGCUCCACCAAUAGAUGUUCCACUUACCCAAGAAUCCACUGUGAUGGCAAGUGCAAGUGGUCCUCCUCAACAACCAGACUCCANUGUGAAUGAUGCAUGCUGA